AUGCUGAGUGCGAGACCGUUUCUCCUGGCUGCACUGCCAGUCAUUCUAUUGCUGUUUGUUCAACAGCCAUCGAGCAGCACUACUCAGCAGAUUCAGACGCUCCUUGCCUCGUGGCUGCCCUCAUCGCUACACGAUGCUAUCCUUCUGAAUCGACCCCGCAUCGCCAUAUCCCAGGGGACGGUGGUGGGCACCACGUUGACAGAGACACUGAACCACCCGGUCGACGCGUUCCGUGGAAUCCCCUAUGCGCUACCACCGGUGGGCGAUCGCAGGUUCCGUCGGGCCGUUCCUGUCAAUGCUUCGGACGAGUUCAUCGAUGCCAGUCGCUAUGGUCCACGCUGUCCCGGAAAGCAAUUGUUGCAGAUCCCCGGUGAUAGCGGCAGCAGCGAGGAUUGCCUCACGGUCAAUGUCUUUCGUCCCCAGGGGGUGCAGGGCAAGCUCCCUGUUGCUGUCUACGUUCACGGUGGCGCUUAUAAUCGCGGAACAGCCUCGAUGCACAAUACAGCAUCCAUGGUGGGUUGGGCCGACGAGCCCUUUGUCGCGGUCAGCUUCAACUACAGAAUCGGUGCUCUCGGCUUCCUCCCCUCGACCACAACAGCGAACGAAGGCAUUCUCAACCUGGGACUGCACGACCAACUCCUCCUGUUCCAAUGGGUGCAAGACAACAUCGCCAGCUUCGGCGGCGACCCGUCCCAAGUCACGCUGAUCGGGCUUUCAGCCGGCGCACACUCAAUCGCCCACCACAUCCUGAACACCGACCUGCAACACACCUACUUCCACCGGGCGAUCAUCGAAUCCGGCGCCGCGACCUCUCGCGCCGUCCACCCGUACAACGUGGCCCUACACGAAGCGCAAUUCCACGAGUUCGUGACCGCAGCCGGAUGCGACCCCACCCUCUCAGACAGUGACAUCCUAACCUGCCUGCGCGCCGCGCCGUCCGCGACCAUCACCACCGCCUCCUCCAUCGUUUUCGACCGCUACAACCCAUCAGUACGGUGGGCUUUCCAACCCGUCAUCGACGGAGACCUCAUCAAGCGCCGGCCCAUCGACGCCUGGCGCGCCGGCACCUGGAACAAGAACAUCGCGCUGCUGACGGGCUUCAACACCAACGAGGGCACGUACUACGUGCCGACCGCGCUGGCCACCUCGGCCGAAUUCUCCGCGUUCUUCGCCACCCUCCUCCCCGCGUUGACCGCCCAAGACCUGCGCGCCAUCGACGCGCUCUACCCGGAUCCGGCGCGCGAUGCGGCCUCCCCCUACCUCGAGACGAGGAAUAUCAGCGUGGGCCCGCAGUUCAAGCGCGUCGAGGCCGCGUACGGCCACUAUGCGUAUGCGUGUCCCGUGCGCCAGACGGCGCGGUUUGUGUCGGCGGCGCAGCAGCAGCAGCAGCAGCAGCGGCAGCGCACGGCCCCCGUGUUUUUGUACCGGUGGGCGUUGAAUAGGACCGUGCUGGGCGGGGCGAACCAUGGGGAUCAGAUGGCGUAUGAGACGUUUGAUCCCGAGGUUAGGGCGUUCUCGGCGGCGCAGGAGGAGAUGGCGGGUACGUUUCAUGCGUAUAUCACUUCGUUUAUUGUGAGGGGGGAUCCGAAUGCGGUGCAAGGGAGGUUUGCGCGAAGACCGCGCUGGGAGCCGUUUGAUGCCUCCGAGAGGAUUAUGGUGCUCGGAGAGGGCAAUGAUGAGCGAGCCGGGGGCCGGGGUGUGGGCGUGACGGCGCAGAUGGUUGAUGAUGAUUGGAGUAGCAAGGAGUGUGGGUUUUGGUGGACGAAGAGUGGCGUUUCGGACUGA